UGUGUGGAAAGAUUUUUCAGGCUGCCCGUCAGUCUCUGUCUAACCGAAACCGUCACAUGCAGACGCUUCUCAUUACAGAUGGUUCGACUCGGUGAUCUUUUGUCAGUUGGAGAGAGCUGGUCGGGCAAUCCGCUGGGGCAGAACGAAGCAGGACACUUCCCUGAAGAGCUAGUCGUCACAGCCAUCGAUGAUCGACCCCACUUCAUCAUCAACCAGCUGGCGAACGGGUCGUACAGCUACGACGGCUACCUGUACCAGCUGUGGGAGAUCCUCGCGCAGCAGCUGGAGCUACGGUACCGCAUCCAGCCGCUGCUGAACGGCGGCGGGUACGGCUAUCUGGACCCCAACGGCACGUGGACCGGCCUGGUGGGCGAGCUGGCGGCCGGCCGCGCAGACGUGGCGCUCAGCUGGCUCACCUACAGGGUGGACCGCGCCGCGGUGGUCCACUUUGUGGACGCGGUACCCGUGGAGCGCGACCAGUACGCCUUCUACGUGGCCGGCGGAUCGGAGACCAGUCGCGGCCUCGACUCGGAUGCGGUGGCUGCACUGCUGAGACCGCUCGAUGCUGCCGUCUGGUGGACCCUGCUGACCUUCCUGCUGAUCGUCUCCGCGCUGCUGCACGUCGUCGUGCGCUACAGUCGCCCCGGGGCAGAGACGCGCCGCACGGUCUCUGAGAUGACGUGGGGCUCGUGUUUGUUCUUCAGCUUCAUGACGCUGGUCGGCCAGGGUUGGGAGCGAACCCCGCGCUCGCUGGCCGCCCGACUGGUGACCCUCUCCAGCUGGAUGCUCGGUUUUCUAAUGUACUGCAGCUACACGGCCACGCUGACCUCCCGUCUGACCGUCAGCGACGUCAGCCGACCCAUAAGCAGUCUGAGGGAGUUUUCCGAGCAGCCCGGCUGGACGUUCGCCAUGGAGCCAGGCCUCGGUAUUCUCAACGACUGGAGGAGCAGCGACGACGCCGUCGAACGCGAGCUCUACUGGCGCGCAGUCUCCGGAGAGGGAUUCGUAGCCAUCAACUUGACGACUGACACCAUCCACGUCACCACACAGAGCCAUGUGAUGACCUUCAUCGCUAUCAACCGGCUCAGCUUCGUACUGGGGAACGAGGCCUGCAAACUCGUGCCGUUGCUGGACUACGUGCCGCCGAAGACCAACACCUACCUGGCGAUCUCCAAGCGGCAUAAGAAGCUGAAGAAGGCGCUGAACAAGCUGUUACUGAAGAUGAACCAGGCCGGAACGGUGCAACGCCUGAGGAACAAAUGGGUUUGGCACGGGGACGACUUCUGCGACUCUGUCGUCGUCAUCAGACGUCUGAGCCACAAUGAUCUGGCCGCGGUUUUGAUCAUAGUUCCCUUGGCGUCGGCCGUUAGCCUGUGUAUUCUCGCUGUUGAGCAUUUGAUCAGUAAGUUUAAGGUCGCGGAGAAGCUGAAGAUUCGAUGUUGGGGACAGCGUUUGCUAAACUGUUUGCGGCAAAAAGUUUAUGACAGCGAUCUCACAAGUUUCAAAUGGGGUGGGUAGGUACUAGUUAUGUAGUAAGACAUUGCAGUUUUAAUAUUUCCAGGUACGAAAAUUAAGAGAGCUGUUCUGUUUUGGCACACGACUGUUCCAAAGAUAGGCUUGGCAUGAACAGUGUAACCAGUUUUCAUCGUUUGUUUCCCCGAAGCACUGCGUUUAUCAAAGGUCAGGAUGGCUGGAUCCAUGAAUGUAAAUACCAUCCAUAUGUUGUUUAAUCGAAAUGUAUCGAAAAUGUAACUCUAGCUAUUCUGAUAUCAAUAAAAGUCUGGGUCUGAGCCAUGCGCAAUGCGCAUA